GGGGAAGUCUUUUUUUCCAGAAAGUUCCUAUUUGACCCUCAGGAGCCCGGGUCCCAGGCGGAGACAGGCCAGAGGGGCAGCGAAUGUCUUAGCCAUGCUCAGGGUCAGGGGUGUCCGACCUCCGAGUGCCGCUUGGUUCUUCCGUCGGGCGAUCCAGUCCAGGUUCCGUGACAUUUGGUCCCCUGACCGGGAAACCCAACCGCGCUGGCCCGUUGUUGCCACCUGUUUGGGGCAACCGUGGGGCGGUGACGGAAGGGACCGUCGUAACGGAGAAGGCGCGCCGCGCCUGAUCUUUCAUCAGUCUCCCACCCGGUUGCCUUGGACCAGUCCCGUUCCGCUGUCACCGCCAGACUCGAGGCUUGGAAGGUGAGGACCUGGUCCUGACGUCGGAUUACACGGCCCAGGAGGGGAAAGCUGGAGAUGGACUUCAUGAGAAUUGCCCGGCUCUUCUCUGGCCCCCGUCCUGUGAGCCUGUGUGCCCUGCAAUGCCUUGGCCCUCUCAAAUCCAGGUGGGGAAGAGGCAGAGAGGGACCUGCGUGGCUGAGGGCCAUGGGGCUGACCUGGCCAGCGCCAGCAGCCUUCAACAGCUCUGUCUCUCAGCUGCCUCUCGGCCAAGGGAGCCAGAAGAACAUGGGCAGCCUCAGCUCGGAGAGCCAGUCCGGCCCCACCGCCACUCAGGAGGAAGAGGAGGAGGAGGAGAGCUUUGGGACAAUUUCCACCAAAUACUCCUCCUGGAGAUUGUUCCGCAAAUCGACAGCCCAGUUGUAUAACCUACGGCUCAGAGAACAGAGUGUUGAAGAUGAGGAAAGGGAGCUGGAGCCAAAAUCGUGGCAGGGCCGGAGAAACACCCCUUACUGGUACUUCUUUCAGUGCAAACACCUGAUCAAGGAAGGAAAGCUGGCUGAGGCCCUGGACCUGUUUGAGAGGCAGAUGCUGAAGGAGGAGCGCCUCCAGCCCCUCGAGUGCAACUACACUGUGCUGAUUGGUGGCUGUGGGAGGGCUGGCUACCUGAAGAAGGCCUUCAGGCUCUACAACGACAUGAAAAAGUGGGACCUGGAGCCCUCAGAUGCUACGUACACAGCCCUGUUCAACGUCUGUGCUGAGUCCCCCUGGAAGGACUCCGCUCUGCAGAGCGCCCUGAAACUACGGCAGCAGCUCCAGGCCAGAAACUUCCAGCUCAACUUGAAAACGUAUCAUGCCCUGCUGAAGAUGGCUGCUAUGUGUGCAGACCUCAGAAUGUGCCUCGAUGUGUUCAAGGAAAUCGUCCGUAAAGGGCACGUGGUCACAGAGGAGACCUUCAGUUUCCUGCUCAUGGGCUGCAUCCAGGACAAGAAGACGGGUUUCCGAUAUGCCCUGCAGGUGUGGAGGCAGAUGCUGAGUCUGGGGCUCCAGCCAAGCCGGCAUGGCUACAAUCUGCUGUUGGGGGCAGCUCGAGACUGUGGCCUGGGGGACCCAGAAGUGGCCUCAGCUCUGCUCCUGAGGCCAAGGGAGGAGAUGGUUCUGCUCCAGUCCCCAGCACAUGGACGGUGGGCAAGGCGGAGAGCUCGGGCCAGUGUGGGUAACAGUGGGUCAGCCAAGCUGCAUGUUGAGGCCCUGGAGAGGCAGCUGUUUCUGGAGCCUUCUCAGGCAUUUGAGGGACCUGCAGAAUCUCAAGAGGCCAAAGUCCCUGGCAAAGCCCUGUCAGAAGUGGAAACCAAGGUAGAACCUGGCCGCAUGGUGGCUGUCACCCCCAUGGCCCCGGAACUGCCUUCCUGGGGGUUGGAGGCCAGCCUCCUGGGCCUGGAGGCUGUCCCACCGACAGUUGUCUCCUUUGGGACCGUGACCACACCAGCUGACAGGCUGGCCUUGAUGGGGGGCCUGGAGGGCUUCCUGGGCAAGAUGGCAGAGCACGGGCUCCGCCCCGACAUCAAAACCCUCACACUGCUGGCGGAAGUGGUUGAGCCUGGGGGCCCUGAAGACUCCUCACUGCUGACCAUUCUGGACACACACCAGGUGGAGGCUGAUGUGACAUUCUUCAAUACACUGAUGAGGAAGAAGAGCAAGCAGGGUGACUUGGAGGGGGCAAAGGCACUGCUGCCAGUUCUGGCAAAGAGGGGAAUCACCCCCAACCUGCAGACAUUCUGCAACCUGGCCAUCGGGUGCCACAGGCGACGGGAUGGUCUGCAGCUGCUUGCAGACAUGAAGAAUUGCCAGAUGACUCCCAAUACCCACAUCUAUAGCACCCUCAUCAAUGCGGCCCUCAAGAGGCUGAACUACACCUAUCUCAUCGACAUUCUGAAGGACAUGAGGCAGAACAGCGUCCCGGUGAAUGAAGUGGUCAUCCGCCAGCUGGAGUUUGCAGCCCAGUACCCACCCACCUUUGACCGGUACAAAGGGAAGAAUACCUACUUGGAGAAGAUUGAUGGCUUCCGAGCUUAUUACAAGCAGUGGUUGAAAGUGAUGCCAGCAGAGGAGACUCCCCACCCAUGGCAGAAGUUCCGGACCAAGCCCAAGGGGGACCGAGACACUGUCACCAAGGCUGAUGUGGAUGGAGGCCUUGGGAGCAGGUGACAGUGAGGCCCCUGGGGACCUUCAGCAGGACUGGAACAAAGCACACACCUUCACAGUGCAUUGUGGGAGCCCCAGGAGUCCCUUUCCUGUUAAAGCCAGGUGAAUAUGCUGGUAUAGCCUCAAGCACCGGGAAAAGGUCUAGCACAGACUAACAGCUACACCAUUCUAUAGGCACUGGAAUGACAAAUGCUGGGUCCAGGAUGCCUGACACAUCCUUUUACACCAUCCUUGCCUGAGAUGUUAUCAUCCCCAUCACUGAUGGGGAAAGUGAACUUGCUUAGUCACACAGCACCUAUGAGGUCAGGUCAGGACUGAGUCUCAAGGGCAAGUGCUCUCCAGUCUCUUCCCACUGGGCUCCACAGACUGCUCACUCUGAAAGAAUGAACACAAUGCCCAGAGGUUUCAAAGUUUUAUUUCUACAAAUCACAGCCAAUAAACACCAAAGCCUUCAGAUGUAGAGACUAUGGUCCAAUUCAGGCCUGGGGCACUACCCUCUGAGAGGAGCUGCUCCCAGGAAAGUGGGUGGCACAACAGGCAGAGAAAGUCCACAGUGGAGAGAAGCCAGGGCCAGUAGGCCUCAGCCAGAGCAGCCCCGGCAGCCGCAGUGCGUGCACUCGAUGAUCCGGCCCUGCAAUAGAGGAGAGCUGAGAUGGAUGGUGCCACCACCUCGUGCCCCACACCACCCACACGCCACAUGCAGUAAUCCUCCCCCAUGAAGGGUGGCAAUGGGACAUUUCACUCCCUACAGGACACUUCUUGGAAACCCCUAACAGUUCUGGAUGGGAAAUUUGGUUCCCUCGUGAAGAUAAAACGGCUGCUAUUGACACUGAAGUUAUGUAUGUGCAUUUAUUUAAUUUAUGCAAACGCAGUGUGCACACUUGCCCCCCAAAAAGCAAGAGCUGUGUGGAUGAUGCUUGUUAUUCCAGGAAGUAAAUAAGACAUACUCUGCGUUGAGCUGGUUGUGGGUCCCCUACUGCUAGGAGGCUCAGCACCAGGGCCUUCAGAGCCUCCUCUGGGCUGGGGAACUUUCUAGUGGGAGUCUGGGGAAAGAAGGGUUUGAACUUUAAUCUGGCAGCCUAACAGUCCUGUCCCCAGGCCACACAUGGCCCAGUGUCCACCCAGGGGGCCUGUCCAACAGGCAGACAGGCCUAGAGUAGUGAUCUGUGAUUACUUUUUCCUCUUUCUUAGAAGAACAAGACCCUUAUCUAAACUUGCAAGAUCUGGUGGUGAGUCUGACUUGAAGCACCCCUGACCAAAAGCCACCACAGAACCCUGGGGUCCUCAAAGGAGGGAAGCUUCUGCUGCUCUGCCAUCCUCUGUGCCCCCACUAGAAAAGCAGCAACCAGAGCCUUCAAGGCAGCCCUCACUCCCUCAUGCCCAUCCUGACCUUCCAGAUGAUUCAGGGAGACAGGGCUACCUGCUGAGCUAAAGCCCUUGGCCCUGAGCCCAAGCUCUACAAAUUAGUCUACAGAGUGAAGGGACCCUGUGAUGAGGCACUUGUGUGUAAGAAGGCCAAGCUGAUAGGUAGGCAAUCUGGCAGGACCUCCUAGCUAGGCCCACAGCAGUCAGCCAAGGGGCCACAUACAGGCCACGAAUGGCCAGCAUCCCUUCUAUGGCUCUACUUCGGAGAGGUCUGCACUACUCCUGAGCUGCUCAGCCUUGUUUUGUAACAGAAAGGGAUGGGAACUCCUGCUGACCAGGCCACCCUUCCUUGGCUUAGCCCGUGCAACCCUGUGUGGGGUGUCGCUGCCCCCACUUUGUGAAUAAAGAGGAUCUCAGUAACUUGU